CGACACACAGACAAACGGCGAACACCUCUCCCCUCCUGGUGCCUUCUCUGUUCUCUCCCCUCCCUCCCUCCCCCUUCCCCUCUCCCCCUGCCACCAUGCCCCCCAAGCGUAAGAACGUCGGUAAGUCCAAGAAGGCCUCCGGUGCGGCGGCUGCCGCCCCGGUCGCUGCCCCGGUCGUCGCCCCGGAGCCUGUUGUCCCGGAGGUCCCGGCCACCCCGGUCAUCUCCACCACCCCGGUUGGCCUGGCCCUGGGUAACGACUUCGUCACCAUUGCCCUGCACCGGAACAACGGCGCCGAGGUCAUCGUCAACGAGGACGGCGAGCGCGCCACCCCCGCCUGGGUGGCCUACACCACGCGCUAUGUCGAGGAGACCGAGGAGGACACCCCGGCCGACGAGGAGCCCGCCAAGCCCGAGACCGAGGUCAUCCUCGGCACCACGGCCCAGCGCCAGUUCCUGCGCAACAUGCAGCACACCAUCCCGGAGGUCAUGCGCCUCCUGGCCUUCAUGGACGACCCGGAGGGCGCUCAGAAGGCCAAGUCCCUGCAGAAGUGGCCCUUCUCCAUCACCGAGCGCGCCCCGACCGCUGAUGACCCGUCGCGCAUCGCCGUCGAGCUGAACCUGGAGCACCUCGAGGAGACCCAGCUGGUCACCCCGACCGAGUUGCUGGCCGCCCUGAUCGGCGGUCUCAAGGGCACUGCCGAGGGCAUCCUGAGCUCCAUCGUUCGCGAGGCGGUCCUGUCUGUCCCCACCAACCUGACCGAGGUCCAGCUGGCCGCCAUUCGCUCGGCCGCCGACAAGUGUGGCCUCAAGCUCAGCGCCCUGAUUAGCGAGCCCGCCGCCGCGGCUCUGGCCCUCCUGGACGAGGAGCCCCUGGUGUCCGCCGAGCCGGAGAACAUCCUGGUCUUCGACUUCGGCGGCUCGUCCGUCAGCACCACUGUCCUGCGCCGCUAUGUUGGCGAGACCUUCGAGAUUGUCGCUUCCAAGGUCGACACCGCCACCGGCGCCCGCGCUCUGGACGACCUCCUGGCCAACCACCUCCUGCGCGACAUCUCCCGCAAGCUGGCCGACAUCAGCGACAACCGCCGCGCCAUGAUCAAGCUGCGCAUGGAGUGCGAGCGCAUCAAGCGCACCCUCUCCCAGUCGACCACCGCCCCGGUCUUCGUGGAGUCUCUCCAUGACGGCAUGGACUUCGCCGGCUCCAACAUGUCCCGCUCUCACUUCGAGGUCCUGAUCACCCCCAUGAUCCAGUCCCUCCUCAACUCGGUGGACAGCUUCCUCACCGUGAGCAACAUCCCCCUGAAGUCCAUCCAGCGUGUGAUCCUCACCGGUGGUGGCUCGGCCAUCCCCCUGGUCCAGCGCAAGUUCUCCGAGCUCUUCGGCGAGGGCGUCCCCGUCAUUCGCGAGCAGAACAACCCCCAGGAGACCGUGGCCCGUGGUGCUGCCCUCCAUGCCUUCCACCUGUUUGACCAGCUGAAGCCGGCCGCCGACGAGCCGCUCCCCGAGCUGCCCACCGUCUGCGCUGACAACGAGCUGCGCGCCCUGACCAAGGCUGUCGGCCUGGCUGGCGCCGAUGGCAAGUUCGUCCCGCUCCUGCCGGCCGGCACUGCCGUCCCUGUGGCCAUCUCUGUCACCUGCGAGGUGGCCGGCGACGACAAGGCCAGCAUCCUGUCGAUUGUUGCCGGCGACUCCGAGACCGCCGCCGAGAACACCUCCGCUCUCGACAUCAUGAUCCCCGCCUCGGCUGGCCCGGAGGUCAACCUUCUCCUGUCGGUUGACCGCGCCGGCUCGGUCAGCGCCCGCAUCACCUCCAACGAUGGCUCGGAAGUGGUCAGCGUGUCCGCCUAAAGAGAGAGAGUCGAGCAGAGCGGGGGCUGAGAGCGCUCCAGCAGCCAGGUGAGGAAGGAGGGCGGGCUGCGCCCCCUCCUCUCUGUCCCCCGGCGAGCAUGUGCCUCUUCCUCCCCUUCGCCGCCGCCCCCUUCCUCCUCAGUGCGCACAGAUAUGCUUUCACAUUUGUAAUAUAUUUCGUUGUCCAGACA